AUGGGGAGGUUUUUGAUAUCCAGUUCAUUGAAGAAGAUGAGGAGAGACCACAUUUUGAAGAACCCAAUUUGUGUUGUAUUUAUAACAGUUUCUAUUUGUUGCUUGUUUGUUUUGAUUUUUUCAAUGCUUAGGCUUCCUGAGAUAUCACUAGGAAGGCCUUACUCCAACAUGAUAAACAGAGAUGUUCUUAGAGAUGACGAGUUAGGGAAGUUUGUGGAGAUGAUGGUCGGAAUGUUGCCUGAAGAUCUUGCCUUUACUGUCUUUGUACCUUCAGAAAAAGCUUUUGAACGUGAUUUGAGGCUACGAGUCAAUCAUGACCUGGAAGGUGACAAGAUAAACAAUACAUAUGCAAUACUUUCUCGAAUAUUGGGUUUCUCUGCCGUUCCUCGGACUCUGACUACACUUACAGUACCUUUUGGUGAAGAGAUCUCUUAUGAUUCAUUAUCUGGAUUUACAUUAUAUAUUUCAAAGGUUUCAGAUGCAAUGCUUGUGGUUAACAGAGUUAAGUCAGAAAGGGUAGAUCUCAAGAAAGGGAAGAUUGUUGUACACAUAAUGGAUGGGGUCAUUAUGGAUGCUGAUUUUGAACAAUCAGUUUUGCCUGAUAACAAUGAAGAAGAUGAGUGA